AUGAUCAGAGGAUGGACGCUUCGGAAGGAUGUAAGCCUCUGCAAAGGCAUCAAGAACAGAUAUUUCGCAUCUAUAUCUCCUGCUGUGACGACGAUACAGCACCGUGCGUUCGCCCCUACGAGCGGUCAGAAAAGGGUCGACGACGAGACUCUCCGUAAAGUGUUCGAUUCGAGAUUGUUUUGGAAUGAAUUCGGUCAAACCUCGAAGAAUAUCAAAUCCUCAAAAGGUCUCUUUCAGAAUCGAUAUUUGAUAAGGCCUACUGGCUUUCAUAGCUUCGCACGCGAUAUACAGGAAAAGUGCCGGGAUAUCGUAGACGAUGUGCUACGAGCUUCGUCGACUGAGGAGUACAACGCUCUUCCUCGAAAGCUAGACCUUUUGAGUGAUUGUCUCUGUCGAGUACUCGAUCUUGCCGACUUCGUCCGCAAUACUCAUCCCAAUACUGAAUGGCAGCGGAGCGCUGCAAACGCGCACGCACACCUUUGGGAGUAUAUGAAUAUCUUGAACACCACACCAGGUCUUCAUUCUCAGCUCAAAAAAGCCUAUGCUUUUCACGAUACAAAUCUAUCGUGGAAUGAAGAGGAAACGUGUGUGGCUCGCAAUCUACUUAAAGAUUUCUCUCAAUCAGCCAUUGAUCUACCUGCAAAGGACAGACAACGCUUUAUAGAUCUUUCAAACAGAUCCAAAUAUCUAGGUAUCCAAUUUACCCAGAAUAUGAUGCCUCAAGAGCCCUAUGUUCGCUUCCGCAAGGAAGCAGGGGAAGGCUUGGACCCAGUCAUUUUACGAAGAUAUACUUCGAGAAUGGGCAAUGUAUCCUUGCCAUUGACCAAUGAUAUCCUUUAUGUUGCUCUUGGAUCUAUCCAUAGCGAGCAAAUAAGAAAGACCAUCUACACAAACAUGAAGACUGUGGCACAGCCUCAAUUAGACGUGCUCUCCGAACUGUUAAAGACUCGCACUGAAUUGGCUAGCUUGUCGAAGUUUAAAGGUUACGCAGAGAUGACCCUCGUGGACAAGAUGGCGAAGACUCCGGAAGCGGUCAAUUCUUUUCUUGCUGCUCUGAGCUCAGAUAACGCCCCUGGCGUGGCUAAAGAGCUUAGAGCUCUGAUGGCAAAGAAGAGCUCAGAUGGAACGACUUCGUCAUUGCAGCCAUGGGAUAUCUUGUACUAUGAAAAUCGAAUAAGGGACGAUCUGGAUCAGAAGCAAAAUGAAGCCGAUAAUUUCUCUGCCUACUUCUCACUCGGGACCGUCAUACAAGGCCUUUCGCGCCUCUUCGACCGGCUUUAUGGUAUACGCCUAGUUCCCCGCGAGACAGAAUCGGGAGAGACAUGGUACAACGACGUUCGUCGCCUUGACGUUGUCAAUGAGGGCGGUAACCAGAUCGCUGUUCUGUACUGUGACUUAUUCGAACGGGAUGGAAAAACCUCGAACCCCGCGCACUUCACUCUUCGCUGCUCUCGUGAAAUAUCUGAGGAAGAAGCUGCAGCUAGUACGCCUUUAAAAGAUGAUGGAAUGGCGCGAGCUACGUCCUCGUCCAGUGGAAAACUUUUCCAAUUGCCUACGAUUGCUCUCAUUUGCAACUACGCGCAGGCGCUCCAUCCGGAAAAGCCAACGCUGCUCUCGUUUCGUGAUGUGCAGACGCUCUUCCAUGAAAUGGGGCAUGCACUUCAUUCGAUAAUGGGGCGAACAUCAUUGCACAUAGUCUCAGGUACCCGAUGUGCAACAGAUUUUGCCGAACUCCCAUCUGUGCUUAUGGAGAGCUUCGCGUCUGAUGAGUCGGUACUUGGUCUCUUUGCGCGCCACUGGAAAACCGAUGCACCUCUACCUUUUUAUCUAAUACGCGAUUUACUCGAGCGACGAAGCCGGGAGCAAGGUUUGUCUACAGAGUCGCAGAUUCUGUACAGCUUGUUGGAUCAAGCUUAUCAUUCCUCACUUCCCGCUAACCAAGACUUUGACACGACGAAGACUUUCUACGAUAUCUACGAUAGGUAUGGAAGUAUUCGCGAGCCACGAGAUAUAUCUCCACAAGGUUUCUUGGGCCAUUUUGUGGAGUACAGCGGCACGUACUAUAGUUAUCUCUUCGACCGUGCAAUUGCCGGAAAAAUCUGGCGAGAAGUUUUCCAAGGUGGACAGAACGGUGGUGCAAUCAAUAGAGAGGCAGGUGAGAAAUACAAGAACGAAGUUUUGAGAUGGGGUGGAUCCCGUGAUCCUUGGGCGUGCGUGAGUGGUGUGCUUGGUGACGAGAGACUCAAGUAUGGCGGUAAGGAGGCGAUGGAGCUGGUUGGACAAUGGGGCGUCAAAGAUUAUCCCAGCUACUAA